CUAUUUAUUCACCCAAAGAUGGACAACCAUGCAUGGACCAUGACAGACAAACUGGGGAGGGUGUAGGACCUCAAGAAUAUACCCUGAUCAAAAUGAAGGUGGUAGAACCUUACCCUGUGAAGUUAAGUGGCCUUAAGGGAAAGAAUAUUUUUUUGGUAGCUGCAACUCUCAGACCAGAGACCAUGUUUGGGCAAACUAAUUGUUGGGUUCGCCCUGACAUGAAGUAUAUUGGUUUUGAGACCCUGAAUGGGGAUAUUUUUAUUUGCACGCAGAGAGCUGCCAGGAAUAUGUCCUAUCAAGGCUUUACAAAGAUAAAUGGAGUAGUGCCUGUUGUGAAGGAACUGAUGGGAGAGGACAUUCUUGGGGCUCCACUUUCUGCUCCUCUAACAUCCUACAAAGUCAUCUAUACCCUUCCUAUGUUGACUAUUAAGGAAGACAAAGGCACCGGUGUGGUUACAAGUGUCCCAUCUGAUUCUCCAGAUGACAUUGCAGCCCUGAGAGACUUAAAAAAGAAACAGCCCUUCCGAGCAAAGUAUGGCAUUAAAGAUGACAUGGUCCUCCCAUUUGAACCAGUGCCUGUCAUUGAGAUCCCUGGCUAUGGCCAACUUUCUGCUCCAAUGAUCUGUGAUGAGCUGAAAAUCCAGAGUCAAAAUGACAGAGAGAAACUAGUCGAAGCCAAGGAAAGACUAUACCUAAAAGGAUUUUAUGAGGGUAUAAUGCUUGUGGCUGAAUUCAAGGGCCAGAAGAUUCAAGAUGUAAAGAAGAUUAUUCAGAAGAAGAUGCUGGAUGUAGGUGAAGCUAUGAUCUAUAUGGAGCCAGAAAAACAAGUCAUGUCAAGAUCUGCCGAUGAGUGUGUGGUGGCUCUUUGUGAUCAAUGGUACUUGGAUUAUGGUGAAGAAACAUGGAAGAAACAGACUCAUGAAUGCCUGAAAAAUCUUGAAAUAUUUUGUGAAGAGACAAGAAGAAAUUUUGAAGCUACUCUAGACUGGCUGCAGGAACAUGCAUGUUCAAGAACAUAUGGAUUAGGUACUCGUUUGCCUUGGGAUGAGCAGUGGCUGAUAGAAUCUCUCUCUGAUUCAACUAUCUACAUGGCCUUCUAUACAGUGGCUCAUCUCCUACAAGGGGGCAAUCUCCGUGGACAAGGAGAGUCUCCAAUGAGGAUCAGUCCAUGCUUGAUGGUUUGUCAGAUCUCCCUAAGUGGUAUGGAAUAAAAGAAAUGCAAGCCAAUUGGCUAGGAGACUGCACUGGAUGCUACUUUGAGUUUAUUUUGAAGGUUAAUAACAAAUCAACAGGAGAGAAAAUAGCAGCCUUUGCAUAUGUACCUGAAGCCAUUUAUGGUAUGUCUUAUUUACAUAUCUUACCUGACCACAGACUGUUACAUGGAAAUAGCAGUCUAAAGGAAGCCUUCCAG